AUGACCACAUGGAGUACCGAGCUGCGUCGCAUGGUCAACUUUUUACUCCAAGAUAAGAAAGCUGCUGCGUUGUGGUGGGGUCCGCAACGAAUUGGUGUAUACAACGACGGCUAUGCGAAAGUCGUUGCCCACAAAUAUCCGGUCGCGCUUGGCCAGACUGUGGCACAAGUAUGGCCUGAGAUAGUCGAUUCGCCAUACGGGACAUCGUUCGACCACGCAGAUGCGACCGGCUUGGCUUCGUCGGAGGACAGGACGCCAUUCUACGUGACCAGGCAGGGCUACUUCGAGGAGGUGUGGGCAACAUGGGUCAACAUCCCAAUCUCAGGCGGAGAUGGCAACCUCGGCUACUAUAACACUGUGUCCGACACAACGCAAGAAGUAAUGUACGAUCGGCGCAUAGCGACACUGCAGUCACUAGAUCAGCACAUGUCCUGUACAGACAACGUCCAGGACUACUGGGCGCAGGUGCUACUAGCUCUCCAGAACAAUGACCGAGAGGUUCCCUUUGCAGCACUCUAUGGUCCUGCGCUCGGCGAGACCCGUCGCGAGUCGCUAACAUCUAGUUCCGGCACUGCUGAUACAAACGAUGAAGGCAGCUCCGAACAUGGCUCUGUAUUCACAGGCACAGAGUGGGUUCUGGAAGGAGUCCUUGGACUGGACCCCUCGCGCUAUGUUUCCGACUUGCCACGGCGAGUCGAUCUGGAUUCUGGUUGCGAGCGGCUAACGCCCCUGUUUAGCGGUGCCAUGAGCUCAAAAUCCAUCACCGUACUUAGCACAGCUGAUGGUACGAUGUGCGAGACGCUCAAGGACGCCGCCAAGUCCAGAGCUUUUGAGGGCGAGCAAUGCGAGACUGCGAUACUUUUGCCAAUAUGGUCCCACUACCAAGAGCAUCGAUCGGGCUUUCUGAUACUGGGUCUCAGCACUCGGCGAAGCUACGAUGCGGACUAUCAACGCUUCAUACGACUGCUUCACCAGCAACUUACCUCCUCGCUGUCUUCUCUUGUCAUAGCUGAAGAUGAAGCGCGACGUUCCCGUGUUGCUGCCAGGAUUGCUGCAACAGAGAGGAUACGGCUUGUCGAGAACCUGGCAAAGAGCCAGCGAGAGGCAACCCAGAACCAGUCGCGCUUCAGAGGUAUGGCAGACCUUGCCCCAAUUGGAAUCUUCGAGUUCGAUACAUCUGGAGGCCUUCUCUACGCGAAUCAAGCGUUUCUCGAGCUUACAGAUUGUCCUGUUGAUAAGGCGCAAGGCAUUGAGUCCUUGAACAAGGUGUUAGUCGAGGCAGAUCAGGAAUACGCUAUGCAGCAAUGGAGUCGCCUGUUGGCCGGAGAAGAGGUGCACUACGAAUCAAGGUUGAAGAAACCCUUCAUAACCGACGAGAUCUACGACGGCGAACGCAUGAUUGGCGAGACGUGGGUGCUCACGGCAGCGUACGCUAUGCGCGAUGAUAGUAGGGGUGUAGAGAGCGCAGACAGCGACUCUGUGCUGGGUAUCUUUGGCUGUCUUGUCGACAUCAGCAGGCAAAAAUACAUGGAGGGCUUCCAGGAGAGAAAAGUCAAGGAACAACUCGAACGACGACGCCAGCAAGAGAAUUUCAUGGACAGCACGAAUCACGAAGCUCGCAAUCCUCUGGCCGCUAUCACAUUGUGCGCUGACGAUGUCUACAAUACUGUCAACAGCGUGCUUCAGGAGGCCGGUGGCGGGCAGGUGUUAUUCACUACAGAGAGCGCCCGUGCGAUACUUGAAAGCGUCGAGAUCAUAAUGGCUUGUGCGAAACAUCAGAAGCGCAUCAUCGAUGAUGUUUUGACAUUGAGCAAGCUAGAUUCAGAGAUGCUGAGCAUAUCACCUGCUCCCAUGCAGCCAACAGAUGUCAUUGCUCAGGCGCUCAAGAUGUUCAGAGGCGAAUUGCAACGUGACGAUGUCGAUCUGCAGUACAUCGUCGGGCCAUCAUACCAGACCUACAAUGUGGAGUGGGUCAUGGUCGAUUCGACACGCCUCUUGCAGAUCCUUAUCAAUCUCCUCACGAAUGCUAUCAAAUUCACUAAGAAUGAGAGCUUGCGCAAGAUCGUGGUGAGGCUGGACGUUAGCGAACAGCGUCCAACAGAUCUCGACUGUGGUGUGAGAUUUGCACCGAACUCGCAACGCCGAGCUUCGGCCCCAGUGUCGCCUGCUGUGGAAGAGAACGUAUUCCUCUGCGUAUCUGUCAAGGACACUGGACCUGGCAUCUUGGACGACGAGCUGCAGAAUCUGUUUCAACGUUUUCAACAGGCGUCUCCGAAGACAUACGCCCAGUACGGCGGGAGCGGCUUAGGUCUUUGGAUCAGCAAGGAGCUGUGUGGAACAACCUUUUGCUUCUACGUGCAGGCUCCUCGAUGCGCAGCUCCCCCGCCGGACCUCGGGCUCGACAACAGCGAGAUGACCGAGCCUCAGACUCGUGCCAUCGGCGCAGGAGCCAUCACCCUCCUAGAUGAAGGCAUCGCAGCCAUCAACGUUCAUCUUCAGACAUCCGCGCCGGAGCCCGCCCAGCCAUUCGAUGGUACAGCCAACACUCCAACGGUCGAAAUGACCGACGCUCUCGCCGCUACGACCAUUGACAUUUUGGCCGUUGAAGAUAAUCUCGUGAAUCAACGGGUCAUGCGCAAACAAUUAAUACGCGCUGGCUUUCGAGUCGCUGUCGCAAACCACGGAAAAGAAGCCCUAGAUCUGAUAUACCCACCUACGGGCGACCUAGCCAAGAUCGACGUGGUGCUGAUGGAUAUCGAAAUGCCCAUAAUGGGAGGAUUGGAAUGCACCCAGAUCGUUCGUCUCCGGAAACGAGAAUCGGAGCGAGAGCAGCAUAUUCCGAUCCUUGGCGUUACGGCGAAUGCAAGAGCUGAACAGCAGGCUGCUGCGCUAGAGGCGGGCAUGGAUCGUGUUGUGACGAAGCCUUUCCACAUGAGUGAGCUUUUGCCUGCUAUCGAGAAGGUACAGAAGGGUGUACUGGCGUCUUGA